AUGGAGAAAUGGCGCACCGAGAAGGCGCAAAAGCAGGCGGAGGCAGAACAUCUGAACGGGAAGCUGCGCCGUCUGUGUGCCGCUAUCGAGGACGAAAAGAGCGCUGCCGAGGCGAAAAUUCGCGAGUCCCAGGACGAGCACGAGGCGGCGCUGCGGGCGGCGCGUCAGAGCGUAGAGCAGGCUGUGAAGGCGGAGUACGACGUCAAAAUUGCAGAGGCGCAGCAACAGCUGUGCGCCGCACGAGAGGAGGAGGCGGGUCUUCGCGAGCUGCUAGAGAAGAGCGGCGACGGCGGUGGGGCGGCAGGGUCGGCCAAGGAUGUGGUGAAGACGGCUCUCACGGCCGCCGUCUCGGCCGUUCUGCGCCGGCUUGACGACGUGUUCGAGUCGGAGGAGGCGGAGGGGUUCAGGAUGGAUGCGUGGAGAUCAGAACUGCAGUCACUCGUGCAGCGCGAGAUUCAAACUUCGUUCGCCGUCGGCGUGGAGAGCGAAGCCGAGGCCGAGCGAAUGGAGUACGCACGCUUCUUUGAUGACAUGCUGGCGUUCUGGCGGUCCGCAGAGGAUCAGGAGAGGGAGCGUCUGCUCAAGAUGGACGAGUCCUUGCUGGCUGACAUGCAGGCCAUGACGCAGCAGGAAUUGAAGCGACUGCAGGACGAAGCACUCGGCAUGGAGCGCGUGUACAUUGAGUCGCGUGAGGCCUGGGCAACGGAGCAUCAGCGGCUUCUCCAACGCGAGUUGGAGGCCACGCUGCAGCGUCGGGAGGCUGAGUUGCAGGAGCAGCGGCGGCAGCGACAUAGCCUUCACAUAGAGCGCCUCCGUGAUGCCGAGGCGCGGCACAAGGACAUCAUGGCCAGGGAAGAGGCGCUGCACCAAAAGCAGAUGGAGCAGCUACAGGCUUACUUUGCCCGCGAGGAGGAUCUGCGCGCGGAGCAGCAGCGUAUCCAGGCGGCUGCACAGGAGGACGUGACGAAGUCUACGGCACUCUUGCGCGACAUCAUGGCAACCGCUGAGGAUGCCGCGGCGGCAGUGAAAGCGUAUGAGGCGGCGGUGGACGAGGGCCGGCGGUGCGUCGAGGUGGAGCGUGAGGGUCACUUCAAAGAACAAGCGGAACUGCUGGAGCGUCUCCAGCAGCUUGCGGCGACGCAGUGCAGCAAUACCGAGGCGGAGCGCGCGGCACUCGAGGACUGCGCCUCGCAGUUGCGUCUCGCCUCUCAAAACCUGGACCGUCACCUGCAAGACGAGAGCACGUGGUUAGCGCAGCAGGAGACGACGCACAAGCGCAGUAAAGACGAGUGGGAGCGGGAGUACCGCCGUUGGGAGUACCUUGUGCAGCAGGAGCGCCAGGCCGCCGAAGAACGCUUCCACGAGGCGCUGCUGGCGCUCCAGCAAAGCCUUGGUCUCUUUGACACGGAGGAACGUGAGUUGGCAGUGGAGGCUGCUGCGAUACACCGCGACUUUAGAGAUUUGGAAACUCUAGCGCAGAAAGAGGUGGAGUCACUUCGACGGAGAGCGGCGGACGUGCAGAGCCGAUCUGUCGCCAUAGCAGACGUGCAGGCACAACUUUCCCAGAAGAAAGCGGCUAUGGCGGAGGCGAAGCAGCAGCUCGUCCUUGCACAGCAGCGUCUGGAGGAUGAGCAAGCCGAGCUCCGGCUUGACGAGGAGAGGCUACGCGACAUGGUGGAGGCGCUGCGAGUGGCCCGCUCACAGGCGGCGCUCCGCAGCUACAGCAUGGAGCUGCUCCGCGCGGCCAAUCCCCAACGGCCACGACAACCGCCUGAGGCCGUGGCAACGACUGCGAUAGAUUCAAAUCGAUCCCCACCGAUUUGUGAUGAGGGGAGAGGCUCUGCACGUCGUCCAGCCUCACAUGGGGUGGCAAAGGAUAACCUGGCAGCUCUUUGUGAUACCGCAUCCGGCAAAAACAGAAGGCAGCAUCGCGAUCCCCAUCGACUGCCCAACAAAGUGCUUCAAGAGCUACAUGAACAACUAAAUGCACUGAUGACAGCCAGCGGCCGCGGCGUCGGUCGUGAUGUCUUCGUGUCAACGAUGCGUUGGGCGGACACCGCACUGCCACGUGCGAUGGCGGCGCAACGGACGCGACAGACACACCCGAGACGGCGCCAGGCGGCCGAUGACACUUUUGCCGCCGGUGUGCCAGCGCCGCUUUCCUCCGCUCCGUUCUCCAGCCACCAGCGGCGCACGCGUAGCAAAGUGCAUAUUCGUGCACGUCCGGCAGCCAUGCCGCAGAAGGAGCGUCACGCAGACCCGUCGUCGCUGCCGCUAACGUCAGACAACUUGUCUCAGCUGUCCCUGAGCUCCGAUGAUGAGUGGCCACUGAGUGGCAACACGUUUACAAACCUGAUCGGCUUUUCGGACCUCGACACGACGUCGCAGUCGAUACGGUGA